GUUUAAUGUUUUGACAGAGGAGUUAUGAUAAUUUGUAGAGUGCAAGUUCUUGUUACCCUUCUUAGCUAACUAUCCAGUCCUCAAAUGACCAAAGUAACACGGAAAUAAUUAAAUUGAAAUGCAUUAGGAAGUGCAAAGAGAAGUUUUGAGCAAAUAUGCCCAUGGCCAGGAGUUAUUUGUGCUGUCUCAUUGUCUUAGGAAGUUUAAUCUCUCUCACAUGGGAAGUCGAAGUGGACUGCAGUGAGCUCCGGAUGGGCCAAUACCUAUGCCCUGAUCCCAACAAUAUUGACAAUUAUAUUGACCCAAAGACCCAACAGAUCCGUGGAUGCACAAAAGAGAACAAGGCUAAAGUUUGGUGCAUUGCUGCUGAUGAAAUCACAUGCAUAGAAACCAAAAAUUCCAGCUUCACCAGGGAAGAGCCCUGCAAAUGGACGAAUGGAUAUAGACUGGAUACAGCACUUUUGCUCUCAAUAUUUCUGGGUAUGUUCGGUGCUGAUCGCUUCUACCUUGGUUAUCCAGCUAUUGGAAUGCUAAAGUUCUGCACAUUGGGAUUCAUGUUUCUGGGUCAACUUGUAGACAUCAUCCUCAUAGCCACGCAAGUGGUUGGUCCAGCUGAUGGUUCUGCGUACGUGAUCCCUUAUUAUGGCCCAGGAAUUGUUGUGAUACGUAGCGAUAAUUGGACUUAUCGUCUUCCUCAAGAUGAUUGGUAAAAAAAGCCUUGUGUUAAAAUCACGUUGGACAAUGACCAACAUUGUAAAUUCACCUCAGAAAUAGUGUAUAUUGAGAUAUGAAAUAUAAACAAUUUAGAUAAGCAAA